AUGCGCUCCUUCUUCUCAUUGUCCAGCUUGAUGCUGCUGAUCUACUUCUUUCUCUUCUUUCUUCAUCCUUCCGCUACUCAUCCUCACGGUUUCAAUGAUCUCCGCCAUGGUCUCGCAGGUCGAGAUGGACCAGCUCAGACAACCAAAUAUCCUAUUCCAGCCAAAGCUCAAAUCAGCGCCGUCUAUGCAAGUUCAGCCACUCCUUGUUCCGGUGCUCAUUGCACUGUUGCUACCCCUCUCCCUGGAAAUCUACCUUGCAACGCUGUGAACGGCUCGACCUUUCUCGACGCGGUUCCCGAGGGCGCAAAAUACACACUGAUCUGUGAUAUUGACUUUCCUGCUCAAAAUAUCUACCCUUUUGUUCUGGCUGGCUCUUUCGACGCGUGUUUGGCACAGUGCGAGACCUACAAUAUGAAGAAUCUCACAGACACCCACUGCGCUGGGUUUGUCUUUGCACCAGACCGCAUUAACGACGCAGACGACUGCUACUUGAAGUCCUCCUUGGAUAAGCCGAGUUCAGCAACAAUCCAUCUUGUGGGCGCGACAAUCGUACCUUCUUCAACUUCUAGUUGCUCUUCGCCAUCCGCGUCUCCCACUUUCCCGACUCCUCGCUCCAACCUCGGUGGCUCCACGCCUUCGCUUCGUGUAGGGGACUUCAAAAUGCUUGGUAGCUCCACAAACAAGCCUACGACACAGUAUGUGAGCCAUUUGCCUGCGACCCCUCAGAAGCUCGCGAGCAACCUCCUGGUCCCAGGCAUUAACACCGACCUCAUCACACAAUACCCAAUAGCAGAUGACACGGGUUGCUGGACUUCAAGCCGGUUGCAGGGCGAUACGAAUUUGUCCAACAUGAAGGUCGUACCCCACAUGUCUCGUGAUGGCGGAAAAGGAGGCACCAUCAAUGGAACUCACCUUUUUAUCUUCUGUGACACCGCGAGUUUCCAGAUCGACCAGACCUCCAACACAAGCCAGAUGGUUGGAUUUGUGUCCAGCUCGGUCGCCACGGAUGAUGGAAUGAAGGCUCUAUAUGGCCAGUCACUCGAUCUGAUGGACAACGUUGGCGAAUGGCAGGAUGACGUUGGCAGAAUGCGAGGGUUUGCUCCAAUGACUACAGGAGAAGAAUCCUUCAACAUUGAUCUGUCGGGCAAUGGCUAUCGAUAUGCGGUGUGGCCUGAAUCGUCCCUGAUCCCGCUCAAUGCAAGUCAUGCUUUGCUUUACCCGGCGCUGGUGUAUGAUGUUGUGAAUAUGACAACACAGGCGGCAGUCUUCAACGAUGUUGGCAACUCUAUUCUUGUAGUCUCUGUGGACCCAACCUAUGGUCCGUUCGCCGACCGUGUUGUUCGACAACUCUACACUCAAGACCAAGUCACAUUCGGUACUUUGGGUGGCAUCCGUUCUUGGGGCUCCUCUGGGACAGGAGGCAAUGACGGUCACAUCUACCUCUUUGGAAAAGGCGACAAUGGCGUCCUCGUGGCAAGGACAAUCCCAACUGGAUAUACCGAUUUGUCGACUUAUGACUACUGGAACGGCAGCUCCUGGACCAAGGAUCUACCUUUGUCGAACUCGAGCGCUGUUAUGCUCGAUGUCUCGGUCCAAGAUCUAGAUGUCAUGUACGUUCCUGCAAUGCGAAGUUUCCUCAUGGUCUACCUCAACACCCUUGCCGACAAUACUUUCUAUUACCGCUAUCUGGACCUCGACUUGAAUGUGGAGGAUAAAGACUUCGACGUGGAAAAUAUCGUGACAGCUAAGUGGUCUGAUGAGCAAGUCCUGGCCAAGAUCGAUGCUCCUGCUCAGGGCUACAUCUACGCCGGCUCCGUGCAUGCGGGAUACUUCGAAGGCGACGACAUUGCCAACGGAGGAUGGAAGAUGCUGAUCACUUGGACUGAACAUACCGGGCAAGAUGCCGCAUCUCCGGAAUCGGGCUACGCUCAUAAAUCCGCGUAUGUGCAGCUCAGCGUUGGUUGA